GGGUUCACAACUGUGCGAGUAGGAUCGCUCCGUUCCGCCCGCCGGGCCGGCCGGCGCAGACUGGUGGGGGCGGGGCGGCGGCUGGGCGGCCGGCGACCGGGCCAGUCGCCCGUCGGCCGCGGCGGCGUGAGGUGGGGUCUGCGGGGUGUGCAGCGCCAGCGCUGUGCCGGGAGCGGGACGGUUGGAGCUGCCUGUGGCUGGAUUUGGACGGUGACUGGGUGUGACCCGUGACCGGAGGAGGAGGCACGGCGGCCGCGAUGGACUCCAAACUUCGGAGGUACGCGCGUGGCGCGUGGGGCGUGACGCGCGUGCUGCUGUUCCUGGUGAACAACCUGUACGCCAUCCCGGUGUACCUGGUGUGGAUGGCCAUGCUGUCGCCUCUCAACUGGCUGGCGCCGGCGUUCUACUGGGCCAUGGAGGGAUUCCUGUUCCACAGUCUGGUGCUGUUCGCCGGAGUGCUCAGCUAUACGGCUGGGUUUGAUCUGGUGGAGCUCGGUGACUCAAUCUCUGACCUGGAGUCGGAGCGGUGCCUCCUCCUGGCCAACCACCAGUCAACCGGCGAUGUCCCACUGCUGAUGACCAUGCUGUCCGCGCGCCGGAGGGCCGCCGACAAUGUGCUCUGGAUCAUGGACGCCAUGUUCAAGUGGACCCAUUUCGGUAUGGUGUCCCAGGUCCGAGGAGACUUCUUUGUAGAGUCGGGCAAGGAAAAGCGUGACAAGUCAGUACAAGAGCUGCGGGAGCAAAUGCCGAGGAACUACCUCUCGCUGGACAGGAAAUGGAUCAUCCUGUUUCCAGAGGGCGGAUUCCUGUGGAAACGGAGGGCAGCCAGCCAAAGGUUCGCGGAGAAGCAGGGUCUGCCUCACAUCCAGCAUGUGACUCUACCUCGGCUGGGGGCCGCUCAGGCUGUGCUCGAAAAGCUCGGACCGACGGCAAGGGGCAAGGAGAACCACUGCAACGGGCAUGGUGACCAAAACGGAGCGGGCAGCGCGCGGCCUUCCCUCCGCUGGGUGGUAGACGUUACCAUCGCCUACCCCGAGGCCGACCGGCCGCUGGACCUACUGGCUGUGAUGGCCGGUAACCGACCGCCCUGCAACGUGCUCAUGUACUACCGCGUCUAUGAUAUUGACCAGGUGCCGACAGACACGGAGGGUCUCACCAGCUGGCUCUACAAGCUGUUCAUCGAAAAGGACGCCGCUCUUUCGGAGCACUACCGGACAGGCAGGAUGCCGGAGCUGCCGGGGGGCCGGCGGCCGGACGACCAGCCUUCCCCUCCGCCGCGUAAACUCCGCCAGGACCUACUCGAGUGGGCGCUGCGUCAGGCGUUCUUCCUGGCCUCUGUGGUGGUGCAGUGGCGAGCAGCGCGCCUGCUCUGGGGCUGGGUGGGCGCCGCGGCCGCGCUGGUAGUGUGAUAGAAAACUCAGACUGACCUGGCACUGAGGGAGGUUUGGUUAGGCGGAGACGUAAGGGCGACAGGGUAAGAGUCACGGACUCUGACACCGACUCCCGGCCGGUGGUGUCGUGUCAGAGAGGCGGUGGGGUCCUCAGAACGGCGUCGACACUGUCGAGGCCGACGGGCCGUCGACCGAGGCGGCUGUGACGAGAGUCUGACCGCUGCUCCCCAGACCAGUCACCAGGGGGCGGUCAGAGCCACGGGACGCACUAGGCCGCGAGGUGUGUGCAAUGCGGCGCUGUCCGCCGCGCGGCUGAGGAACUUCAGUUGUGUCGCUAUUCGCCGAGUUCAAUGUUACGCUACCGGCUGUGUGAUAAGCCUGCGUGUGUGUGUGCGUGUCACAGCGUGAGCUGUUUCGAAACCGCGUCUUCCUGGCGGCUUCCUUCCCCAAAAGCGCCGCCGACCGCCUCAGCUCGACUGUUGACUAUACGAGCUUCGGCUGAACUUUGGCUGCUGUCUGUGCCUGAGCAAUGAGCUUACUAUCGGAGCUAUUUACACCAUAGGGAAAGAAAUUGACAAUGCCACGCACAGCAGUCACCGAGCCUGGUAGCUGAGUCAGCUUCCCGUUUUCCUGAUUGUGCUCCUCUGCCGGCGCUUAGCAGUCUCUCCAUUACUGAAAUCAGUGAUCAGUCGCGACUGAGACCCUAGCACUGGCCCCUGUCUCUGGCCUGGCGGGGAAGGAGCAAUGUUUGAGUGAUGUUAGCGUUAGUUAGCCGUGUGUGCCGGUCACGGGUCAGGGAGGUGGGGAUGCACGGUUAGCGUGGCCGCUCUAGUCGUUACUGUGAGAGUGCUGAGCCGUCCAGUGGGAAGGGUUAGCCGCUCUGGAGUGCCGUGCGGACUGUACCGAGCCGUGACUUAGUCACUUGUCACACGGCAGUGUGGCGACGGAACAGAGGCGAGCUCGGAAACAUGUGAUGUCUGUGUGAUGCGGGCGGGAUGUGACGGUUGGCCGGCAGUUGGCACUUGCAAUUACACGGAGUUGACUUUAAA